ACAUAUAGUAAUCUGUGCAUUACUCCAUUUUGUUUUUAGUCAAUUUCAAGUGUACAAGGCCGCGUUCCAUCUAUAAUUUUAAUUCAACUAGUUCUAUUGCUUAUAGUCGUCAAGUUUUGUAUAUUUUCCUUCAUUCAUUACUAUAAUUAGACCAAAUAUGGCUGACAGAAUCGAUAUGGCAUUAGAUGAUAUAAUAAAGGCAAACAAGAAAGGAAGAAGUGGAGGCGGUGGAGCUGGUAGAAAAUUUGAUCCCAAAAGAUCUAAUCGAGGAGGAGGUGGAGUUGGCGGUGGUUUUCGUAAUGCGCGUGCAGGGGGUGUUUUACGAGGAAGAAACCGCGGUGGCGUAUCCAAGCCAGCUAAUUACACAAGGGACAACCUAUUUCAGGGUGAUGUAAACAGCACAUGGAAACAUGACAUGUUCAAUGACUUCAAUGAUAGGAAGAUACAACGAAGUGCUCCCAUCACAACAGGACCAACAAAACUUUUAGUUUCAAAUUUGGAUUUCGGAGUUUCAGACUCUGAUAUUCAAGAACUAUUUUCAGAAUUUGGAAUUUUAAAGAGUGCUGCCGUUCACUAUGAUAGAUCUGGCCGAUCAUUAGGCACUGCUGAUGUUGUCUUUGAAAGAAGAUCAGAUGCAUUAAAAGCGAUGAAACAAUACAACGGGGUGCCACUUGACGGGCGUGCUAUGAAUAUUCAACUUGCUACAUCUGAAAUAAACACAUUCAGAAAUGAAGAUAGGACAAGGCCUGUUGGUGGAGGAGCAGUCAGAAGGAAUUCAAAUAGAGGUGGAGGAAAUAGACCACAGGGUGGUGGUGGCCGUGGGGGAAGAGGACGACGCGGCGGCCGUGGAGGUGGAGUAGCUCGAGGCAAGCGACCAGUUCCAACGGCUGAACAACUAGAUGCAGAACUAGAUGCAUAUGUUAAAGAAAUAAAGUGAUACGAAUUUAACUCCAUUUAGUUAUAGUAUAAUGACAACCUUAAUUAUAAGAUACGAAUAAGUUGGUAUAAUUAAUAAAUUUUUGGUUUAAUUAACCUCAACUUCUUGACCUGGUCAUUUAAAAUGCAACAGCAGAUUGAUCAAAAACAUAUUUUUAAUAAAGUAAUUACCUGAU